UUCAUUCACUUGCCAAGCUUAAUGUGGCUCAAAACCUAGUGUGUUGCCUACCCAGAGAGCAUCAUUUCCGGGCAUCAUAGAUUACUACAAAAUACCAUGUCUGAAAUCCAUGAUGUCCACAACUGCUACAGCGCGCCAAUGAUGAUUAAAAGUAGUCUGCUGCCUACCUAAAAAGCAUAUCUGGGAAUCAUCUAUGUGUACGCAUAUAGGCUAUUGCACGCGCUCAUGAUACUUAAAAUGUUAGACGCGUCCAUGACGCCCCAUGCAGGCGUAGGCAGACGCGCUCACUUUGCUGUGAGACGCAGCGACUCAUCAUUAUUUACAGUGCAGACGUCUCUAUAAAUACAGCAGCGCGCGGGUCACUCCACAGUCCGCCGCGCGCUCUACGUGUUUGGUCGGUUUAAUUCAGGUUUACGUGACGUUUUCUCAGACAAUGAAGACCACUAUACCACUAAUACUACUGACCACUAAUAUUUAGACUACAAAGACACGUUUAUUCGUACUGGAAUACGUUUUUCUUCUCAGGAAAAAGUAACAAGACUCUUAGGACUAAACAGAUGAUGGGAGUCUGAUAUCGCCUUUCGAUCCUGAAGGACUGUGUCAAAGGAGUGUGUGUGUUUUUUUUUUUUUUUGGUUAAAGAUAUAAGAUGAAGGUUUUCAGAUAUGUGUCUCUAAGCUCAAUGGUGCUCGUCCCAUAGCCUGGAGAUGUUAGCUGUCCAACACUGCAACAAUUCAGCCCUGGAUGUGGAUGAAGGCUUCAGCAAUCAGACCCAGCAGGUGCUUGGAGUGGCACCGGUGCGCUGUAGGGAAAACCUGAACACCACAACCAACCCCAUGGCAGCGGGCCUGUCCAUGACCCUGGGGAUCGUUUCCAACAUCAUAGCGCUGAUCAUCCUGGCUAAAGCGUAUGCUCAUCUGCGGAAGCGCUCGAAAGCCACGUUCCUCCUGUUCGCCAGUUCUCUGGUGGCUACGGACCUUGCCGGUCAUGUUAUUCCAGGUGCUCUGGUUCUGCGGCUCUACAUUUCUGGCACCGCCGGAGGACUUUGUAACCAAUCCGACGCCACCUGCCAUUUCCUGGGCGGCAGCAUGGUGUUCUUCGGCCUGUGCCCGCUGUUUCUCGGAUGCGUCAUGGCGGCAGAGCGGUGCAUGGGCGUGACGCGGCCCCUCCUGCAUGCCCGUAUGGUUUGUACAGCCCACACCAAGAUAGUGCUGGUGAUGAUAUGGCUGUUGGCUUUAUCUGUAGCACUGUUGCCCUUCUUUCACCUGGGCACAUACAUCUACCAGUUCCCAGGGACCUGGUGCUUCAUUAAUGUGUUGGACAAUACCAGCAUCACAGACGUGAUAUUUGUGCUGCUGUUUUCCGGACUGGGACUGGCCGCACUGGCCAUGGCAUUGGUCUGCAACACCAUCAGCGGGGUGACGCUGGUGAUCGCCCGUCUGCGCAAGAAGAAGUGCCACCAAAGAUCAGCUAAAUCACAUGACAUUGAGAUGGUGGCACAGCUGGUGGGCAUUAUGGUCACUUCUUGCAUCUGCUGGUGCCCUCUGCUGAUCUUCGGUCUGAUGUCUGUCAUCCGCUCAUACAGCGGCUCUAUGGGGGAUGAUUUGGAAACCUACAGGACUUUAAUGGUAAUGGGAGUUCGUCUGGCCACCUGGAAUCAGAUUCUGGACCCCUGGGUCUAUAUCCUUCUACGCCGGGCCGUCCUAAAAAAGAUUUACCGCAUAACCACCGGCCGCAGUGACCUUAAAGGGAGUACAUUCCGGCGGUGGGAGAUCAGCUCCUUCCAGAACUCCAUGAAGAGUGUAAUUAAUCGGAACUGAUGGAGGGAUUCCAGAAUAUGCGUUCUACCAUGUGGAAGAGACUGGGAAAAGGGAAAAAAUAGGAUGUUAUUAACCAUCCUAUUUUGCAGCAUUACUGAAGGCAGAUGUAAGUUCCUAUUGCUUGAAUGGUGGAUGAAGCAGCAUCAUACUGGAAGCUGUAAUGCAAGUGAUGCUCUGGAAAUGCAGUGACUUCAAUAGGCAUUAUAAUUGAGCACAGUGGGGUUUUGGAAGUAAAAAUCCCAUUCAUUUUCUCCAUCAAGAAACUGACUUUAGCAACAAUGUAUAAAUGUUUCUAGACAUACCUUCCAUUUUUGACAUUUAAUUGACAAAUUUGGGGUUUUCAUUUGCAAAUUCCUGUUUCCAUGCAACAAAUAUAUGUAUAAAAAAUAUGUAUUUGAAUAACUUUAUAUUCUGGAACCGAGGCUGCUGAAAAAGUUGGCAGUCACUGUUGCACUGUAGAGUGAGUCUGAUAAAUGACAAUGUGAAAUGGAUUGCAAACAUGCCCUCCGCGUGUCACCUCAAUUAUUAUUAUUAUUAUAUUUAAAAAAAUAAUAAAAAUAAAACCCUUAGUUCCCAUGUAAACUACAAGAAAAGGGACUCAGAGGACAAGAGGAGUCACAGGAGCAAAGAAAAUAAAUGUUGUUUCGGUCUGGGAUUUAAUAAGCUAGUUUGCAGUUGUUCAGGAUUAACAUGCACCUUCUCUUUUGGUGAUUCAUUAUAGGAUUCAUUGUAAAAUGAUGCUUAUAGUGAAUUCAUCAAAAUGUCUUUGAACAUGAAGCUUUGUUUGGCUUCAGAGCUAUUGCACAGGAAUCUGUAUAGUCCACAUACAGUAUUACAUACAGUCUAUAAAAGUCAAAUAAUGAAGAAAUAGUGUAAAUAUCACUGCAACCUAAAGGCAGAACUUUUACAUGUGCAUGACAGUUUCAGUGUUCUUGUAUCUGUAUAUUUGUGUCUUGCCCUGUUAUUUGUGAUCUUGAAAAGCUAUGGAAUAUUAUGUUGACCA